AUGGAUAUACUCCUCUCACUGCCAAUCGUAUCCUAUUUCCUCGCGCCAGCGAUGACAUCGUGGACGACUUCCCUUAACCUCCUCUUCUUCUACAUGACCUGGACAACACUGGUUCUCUCCCACGGUCCGCUCAAGAUUGAGCUCCUCGGCACCCUCGCCUUGCGUGUUGUCCUCUGGCUUGCGCCCUCUCUUCUCUUUCUUCUCUUCGACACCCUUAUCCCGUCCAUUUCAGAGUCCAUUAAAACAGCCGGAGCUGCGGCCCUUCCGCCAACCCACGGCCCGAUCCUCCUCAAGACUCUCGGCCUCGCCCUCUUUAAUAUCGUCCUCGCCGCCGGCGUCGAGGGCGGAAUCAGUCUCGCCUGGGCCUCAUACUUUCAUGAACCGCUUUUCAAGGCCUCGACAUCUCUCCCGCUACCAUUCCAACUCGUAAAACACAUCGCCAUUCUCAUCGCCGCGCGCGAAGUUCUCACCUUUUACAUUCACACUCACAUCCUCCACAGCCGCGGCCGACGCUUUACCAGUACACGCAUCGGAAGACUCCAUGCCUCAUACGCCCACGCCCGCGCUGCACCACCGUUCUCUCUCAUGCUCUACGCAGACCACCCUGUUCCCUUCCUCCUGCACCGUAUCAUGCCUAUCCUCCUGCCUGCGCUGGUCCUCCGCCCACACCUUCUGACCUACUUUCUCUUUGUCGGCUUCUGCACUGCCGAGGAGACACUCGCCAUGUCUGGUUACAGCGUCGUUCCUGGGAUCAUCAUGGGCGGUAUCACGCGGCGAACGGCGAUCCACUAUGCAAGCAAAGGUCGCGGAAACUACGGCGCCUGGGGCGUGAUGGACUGGGCUCACGGAACGAGCUGCGGACAGGAUGUCGUUGACGACAUGCGCGCUGAGGCAGAGAAGCACCGCGUCAAGGAACGCGGGGCAAAGGCUGCCGGCGACGGCGCCAACAUGCUGCAAGAUGGGAUCCGAGAGCUGAGAAAAGGCCGGUCUGGUGGUCGCAGAGGGAAGAAGAGCAGCGAGUGA